AUAGAAAUAUUUUUUUAUGGGAAACAAAACUUCUACAUAUACUGAUAUACAUAAGAUGGCAAAUAAUUCCUCAAAGUUCGGUUAGGCUCAUAAAAAUUGAAAAUGUAUUCAUUAAUUCAUGGGUUUUAUAAGUACAUGGUUAAAAAAGACGAGUAUUGUGUACUAAUACUUGGUCUGGACAAUGCCGGAAAAACUACGUAUCUGGAAGCAGCAAAAAUGAAGCUUACUAAAAAUUACUCUGCAAUUAAUCCACUAAAAAUAACUACAACUGUAGGACUCAAUAUUGGAAGAAUUGAAGUAAGCGGCAUCAGUCUUAAUUUUUGGGAUCUUGGAGGACAAGCAGAACUUCAAUCGCUUUGGGACAAGUAUUACGCAGAAUCCCAUGCUAUAAUAUAUAUUGUCGACUCCUCAGACAGGGAAAGAAUAGAUGAAUCAAAAGAAACUUUUGAUAAAGUAAUAGCAAGUGAAAAUUUGAAAGGAGUUCCCCUACUAGUAUUAGCAAAUAAACAAGAUAUUCCAGAAUGCAUGGGAGUGAGGGAAGUUAAACCCAUUUUCAAUAAAAAUGCCCAAUUAAUUGGAAAAAGGGAUUGUAUGGUUAUGCCAGUUUCAGCUCUGACAGGGGAAGGAGUUGAUGAUGGUAUAAAGUGGCUUGUAGAUUGUAUUAAAAGAAAUAGCUUCCUAAGGCCGCCAAGAAAUCAGGAGGAGACAUAAGUUUAGAUGUUAACUAUAUGAUGAUCAUGUAUAAUCAAGUUGUAAAUAUUUAUUAAAAUUUUCAGAAAGGAAUUCAAUAAACAUAUUUUUUU